AUGAGCGAGACCAAUGGUGGCAAUGUGGCCAACGAAAAUUCUGAGGUGAAGCAGACUGCAGUUGAAAGUCCCAUUGAUAAACUAGAUAGAACUCCUAAAAGACCGAGAGAAAAUGAUCAGGAUAAACAAAGGGAGGAAACAAGUGACAAAUUGGAACCAUCCAAUGAUAACGAUGGGGAGAAAAAAGAGGAAGGUAAAAAAGACCAAGAAUCAUCGCACAAGAAGAUUAAGGUUGACGAGGGCAAGGCCGUAGAUACUGGCAGUGUGGAAGAUGACAAAAAGAAGGAUAAAUUCGUGUUUGGUGCGGCAUCUAAGUUUGGAACUGGGUUUGGUGUUGCCAAGAAGGACACGAAAGAUGAAGAAGAGGCAACCACCAGUACUGAAUCUUUGCCAGCUUCUAACAACAAAACAAAGAAGCCAUUUGCAUUUGGUUCAGGUUUAUCAUUUGGCAGCGGCUUCAGCAUAUUGAAAAACAAAACAGAAAAUAACUCUGAAACUGAAAAGAAAGCUACUGACGACAAAGAUAAGGUCCACAGUGGGUCCGAACAACUAGCAAACGCCUCAGAAGAACCAAACGACAAACCAAAACCCCUCAAACUGCAGAAACAGGAAGUCAAGUCGGGUGAGGAGUCUGAAGAGUGUAUAUACCAGAUCAAUGCUAAACUGUAUCAACUUUCCAACAUAAAAGAAGGCUGGAAAGAAAGAGGUGUUGGUGUCAUCAAAGUCAAUAAAAGUAAAGACGAUGACGAGAAGACGCGUAUAGUCAUGAGGUCUCGCGGUAUCUUGAAAGUCAUUUUGAAUAUUCAACUGGUCAAGGGAUUCACUGUGCAAAAGGGAUUUACAGGUUCUUUGCAAAGCGAGAAAUUCAUAAGAUUACUAGCAGUUGAUGACAACGGUGACCCCGCACAGUACGCUAUAAAGACUGGCAAGAAGGAAACCACGGAUGAAUUGUAUAACAUUAUAGUUAAGUCCGUUCCUAAAUAA